AUGGCUCGGGCUACAGAUUCACGCCAUAUCUCUGAUCCUUGUACGAGCAGAGAACGCUUCAAUUUUUCCCCUGUCCUAUUGGAGCAUUUGGAAAGCACAGAGUCGGCCCAUGAAGUUCCCACUAGAGUCACGCGGCCCGUUUGUGCUGCUCCUCACAAAAGCAAAGUGGUAAUACUUUGCAUGCUAGCAGUUGUGGCCCUGACAGUGAGCUUUUUCCGCAUCUGCUACGAGUGGAGAGGGCAUAAGGAUGUGCGGCGUCUGUCAAGUAAGUUUCCCAGGGGCGAAAAAGAUCCAGAAUUAUCGCAAAUCCUUGAUAUGUGCCUGGAUAUGGAAGAGGACAAUCAAAACGUUUCCCCAACACUGGCACCUGUGUCGCAGACGCAGCCAAUUGGCCGCCAGCCGCCACGAUCAACUUUGCAGCACCAGCACAGUCAGCAAUCACCUCCAAGUGACUCAAUGCCAGAAGAAGAGUAUUUUAUUACCCAACCUACCACAAGUUUUCUUCGGCUCCUUGAGGAACCUAUGGAUAGCGCUUUCUCGGGGUACUAUCGUUCCAAAGAGACGUCUUUUGAGGAAUACCCAGCGAGAAGUACUCCUGAAGAGUAUCUACCGAUGGCAGGUCCUUCCAUUUCACGGAUGCAGGCCACGCCCAUUUCCUCUUCUGAUAUUCCAUUUAGGACUGUGGAAAGUUCGUAUACCUCAUAUGUUACUCCGCCAGCUAAUGCCGCAUCGUCUUCACUUCGGGGCAUGCAGGGAGUGACCUCUGUAAUGCAGCGUUUCGCCCAUUUGCCUGAAGGCGCAGUUCAAACUUCUGGAAGUUCGGCUUUGCAAAUCCCUGACGACUACUCAUCCGCCCAGGAGCGUUAUCAGCUCCCGUUGACUCCGCGUGGCCCUGAUCAUGCGCGCCAAGCAUUUCUUGAGAUCGGGGAAUUUGAGGAAAGGCUUCAGGGCCUGCAGGAAACGACUUCUGUAAUGCAGCCUUUCACCCAUUCGCCUCCAGGCCAACUCCAAAGUGGUGGAAGUUCAGGUCCACUUGUCCGUGGAAUGUACUCAACCACCCAGGAGCACUCUCCGUUUCCAUUGACUUGGCCUGGCUCAGGCUAUGCGCACCAAGCCACCCAGGAGCACUCUCCGUUUCCAUUGACAAGGCCUGGCUCAGGCCCUGCGCACCAAGCAUCCCCUGCGGCAUCCAAGUCACUCAAGAGGCCACUGAAUGAAUCUGGUGCGAGUAGUUCAUAUAGUCCUCCAGCCCAACGAAGUAGGGGCGAAGAGCAAACGGCAACAGCAAUGCCGUCAACGAGUCUCGCCUCUUUACGUGACGAUGUGGUGAGAUCCUUACUGCAAGCUGUGUCCGCUGGAGCAAGCGGUAUAAGUAUCCUGGGCUCAUUAUUGCGGUCCUAUGACUCAUCAGCAGAUAAGGUGCCGGAGACAUCAAAGGAGAAGAAUUCUGAAAUUGCCCUCUUACUUUCUAAAGGAUCGGUUCUUCGAAGAAUGUUACCUUGUGAUCCAGCUAUCACAAAUCACCCAUUUUAUAAAUUGCCAGAAGUGGCUCCAGGCAUUAAGGUGCGAAGGUUUUCUCCGUCCGAAGCGUUUUCACGGAGUAACUUACUUCCGCAAGUUUCCACUCCUCUAGAGAGUAUACGAUCGUGGUUUAGAAUGGAUGUACUUGAUGAAACCGGGGCAAAUAGGCUUGUUGUUGAGGCUGAACGCGUUGUGUGCAACCUGUAUUUUAUCCAACAAAAGCCCGUUCCGAGCACUACAGCUUCUAGAGCUGUUUUAGUUUUGGGACAACGCUACCUAAUGCUGGAUGCGCUCGUAAGCACAAUUCAAGUUUUGGGUCCGACGAUGAAUGCAUCCCGGUGGUGGCCCAAGCUUGUUGGUGCCAUUCCAACAGAAAUACUUCACAGAAAUUUCCCCUCGCCUUUCGAAAGAACAAGGUAUUACGAAACGCUUGCAUUACGACUGAUCAAGGCAAUCGAGUUGUUGAAAAAGGGCGUUCGACUUGAGGCAUGGGACACUGUCGAACUGAAACGCGAGCUUUUUUGCAAAAAGACUUCUCCUCGAUGGUUUAAAACAUUCCGUUGGGAUUCUUGGCGAACAGAUGAUAAAGAGUCGUCCUCUGGUGAACAGACGUGA